UGAACCACAAUGACCAUGAACAAUUUCUUAGACGUUAAUUAACACCCUGGAUUUCAAAGUAUGAGUAGUCAUAACUGCACAGCAUCACAUUCUCACCCCAUAUAGAGUAUAAUUCGUGUUGGAGACGACUUAGUUGAUAGAAGGUAUAUUGGUAACGCUAGCUACUAACGUUCGCAAACAAUGGCUAACUGUAUGGUGUUUCACACUCAAAUAGCCUCCAUCAUGGAGGUGCUAGCGAAUGCAGCCGUUGCAGAAAUCUGUAAACUCGUAGACGACGACUAUGCAGUGUUUCGUUUGGAAAUAACCCAAAGCCAGAAAGAAAACAGGGCAUUACGGAGGAAACUACUGGAACAAAAGGUGGCACGGGAGCGCGCAGAGAGGACAAUGCCAGAACGCGUCCUCGCCAGUCGUCCCAGUAGUGUCAAGAUCCUUGACCGAUACAGAGGAAUGGCAAGAGGUGAAGGACAUCGCACUGGAGGCUACAGAAGCUUUGUUAAGCCAGUGGGACACAAUACAUGGAGAGAUGACCAACCAAUCACUGAUGAUGAGGGGAGUGGAACCUCAACCCAGCACAUUAUCAUGAUAGAGUCUGCAGAGGCUGCAGGUCCUGUGGUCAAGCUGGAGCAGUCUGAAGGAGAGGAGGACCCACGACACAGCACAGACAUCCAGACUGGAGCGGCUGGAGCGCCCCCUGUAGCUACGGAUGACCCCACCACUGCCCCAGCACAGCCCAGGACCCGACACAGCAUCACGGAGGAGGAGGGUCCAGAUGUGCUGCUGGUGAAGGAGGAGGGCCUGGGGAACCCUGAGGAGACCAUGGUCAUGGAGGACAACCAGACAACUCCUCCUGAACCCAAAGAAGAACCAGCUGAGUUGUACAGGACCACACACAAUCUCACUGAGUCAGUAGACAUGGAAGAUGGGAAGCCUGAUCUGCUGCUAGUCAAAGAGGAGACAAUAGAGGACAGACCAGAGAGCAUUGAUCUGCUGAGUGCACUAAAGAUUGGGGAGCAAGGUGGUUGGCUGGAGGCUAACAGAGGAGACUGGACAACAAUUUUGGAUUCCCAGACCCAGACUGGUGCAGCCAAGAGCCCAGAGGAUGAUAUCACUGAGCAGGCCAGGACCAGAAGCGACAUAGUGGAGGUCAGUGGAUGGGACAGCAUCCUCAACUCUGGGCUGGGGAACAACACUGUUAACCACAACCAUAAACAGACAGUCGACCACAAAACAACAACCGAACUUGACAACAGUGCGAGGUGUAGAUUUGGUCCACGGGGACUGGUAGGUAUCCAUAUGCGGCAGGAGAGAACAGAAACAGACUCUGCAAAUGAUGCUCCGUCCUGCUCCUAUAGUUGUGAUUCAGAGAGACUGAUGGCGCCUCAGGUUGACCUCCUAACAGGUGCUGCCUUCAGGAUACCUUCUAUAGGAUCUAUCAACUGGAACAUGGAAUCUGCAACAACACAGACCCUCUCUGGCCUUCGUCCUCCUCACACUCUCCUAAUGUUAAACCAGACCUCAGACAAAGCCAGUGCUUCAACACUAAAUGGCUACACAAGCCCAUUGAUAAAUGACAGUAGCAGUGAUGCUAUCAGUAGAUCUGGUGGCAAAGAGAAGCUCUUCCCAUGUUCGUUCUGUGGGAAAGCCUUCAGUUUCUGCAAACAGGUGAUCCACCAGAGGGUGCACACGGGGGAGAAACCAUUCGGCUGCCACCUGUGCCAGGCCAGUUUUUCACAAUCGUCCAGCCUGAACAGGCACCAGAGAGUCCACACGGGGGAGAAAUCCUACAGCUGCCCCCAAUGUGAGAAGAGAUUCUCCCGCAAGCACCAGCUGAAGAUGCACCUGAAGGUCCACACGGGAGAAAGGCCAUUCGCCUGUACUCAGUGUGGGAAGAGGUUCUCGGAAAGGAGAUACCUCAAGAUGCACCAGCAGAAAAAACAUUCCACUAUAACAUAGAAAGUAACCAUUCCACUUGAUAGCUUCUGACGUUUAGAUCAAACCCUGCAUUACAGGUAGACGCAGCAAGAUGACAUAGAUGCAGCCAGUAAACAGUAGUUGUGGGUCAAUCGUUGAAGUGCAAGGCCCAUACAUUGUGUGAUAUAUAAGGCAUGUAAUACAAUAUUGUGUUACAGCCUGAAUUUAAGAUGUAUUUCAUUUAUAUUUUUUGUCACUCGCCUACACACUACCCUGUAAUGUCAAAGUAGAAUUAUGUUCUUCAAAAGUUUUACAAAUGAAAAGC